CUCUCUCUCUCUCUUUUUUUUUUCUCUCUCUCUCUCUCUCUCCUCUCUGCUCCCCUCUUUACUUUAUUUCUUUUGGCCAUCUACGAUCCCACUUGUAUAUAAUCUUGUACUAGUUGUUGCUGUGCAAUAUGGGUUCUGCCGACUUGCUCCAGCUUGUCAAGUCAGUGCAUCAGCCUGUGCACAUUAAGGAAUAUGCCGGGAAGACGGUUGCGGUAGAUGGUCGUCGCGGCAGCGUGGUGUGGCAUUCCCUUGUUUCUAGUGAUUCCGUUCACGGUGUCGUCGACAAUGGCGGCGACAAGAACACGAAUAUCAGCACUAUUACGCCACUGUCCACUGACUCUACUAAUAACGACGACGACGACCGCGAUAAAAACGACGAUAACAAUAAUAACAACAACAACGAUAAAACCGACAAGAACGACGACGACGACGACGAUGACAACCAUGACAAUGACGAAACUCUCAAUGACAAUGAAUCAGCAAAGGGCGCAUUGCUACAGCAACUUGACAUUCUGCGGUCAUACGAUGUGACGCCUCUUGUUGUCGUGGAAGGCAACGUAUUGCCAUGCGAUAAAAAGAAAACCAAGGGCGGUAAAAGCGACGAUCACGAGAACAUGGACAGUGGCAAUGACAAUGAAAAAACCAUGCAAGAACAAAAGGAUGCGUUCUUGAAGCACCUGGACAAAGAAAAGAUCGAGUACAUCCAAGCACCCUUUGAGUCCGGAGCACAGCUAGCUUACUUGAUCGAAACGAAGCGUGUCGAGGCGGCACUGUUUGUCGACACAAAUGAAGCAUCAUCAUCAGCAGGAGACGGUAUUGCGUUCGGAUGUCAAGUGACGCUGUUUGGCUUGCAAAGCGAUGGCAGUGCAACGCGAGUACGGCUUUCAGAUCUCACCUGCGGCGGUGCAAACAAAGAAAUUGAAUUACGCGAUUGGAGUCUGAAAUCGGUUGGCGAGCUAUGUCUGAUGUGCGACUGCGCAAAUGUCCAAGUGGAACGUGCUCACUCCCUUUUUGUCAAGCACAAGAAAAAUAUGCGUUUAGCACUUCAAGAAGCAGUUGACAAAAGAAAAGAUGUUGAAACGAUCUACAAGCGCAUGGUUUAUCGCUGGUCACAAAAGGUCUAUGACGACAAGUUGCGUCGGAACGUGUCUUGGCACAAGGACGCCAUCAUCGGACAAAAAGACGGUAAAGACCAUCCGACUGCAUCAGGACAACAAGGAAAACAUUCCCCCCUGGCUAAAUCGGACAACACAAGAAGCCACGAGCCAAGCAAUCCAUCGAGACAAUCCAGAACCACCCCAGCAGGCACCAAAAGUCAUCGCUGCAGAGCAAAUCAUCAAAACCGCUGCUGCACCUUUGGCUGCUAAAAAAGACAGCCAAAUCACUGCUGAAUAUUGUCUGCACCAACAACAACAACAACAACAACAGCGACACGGGAAGCUUGCGGAUAGU